AUGACGACUGUUAGGCUGAAGAAUGUGUUCGGUGAGCCCUUCAAGCAGGCUUACUGCGAUCUCAAGAUCAACCCGAAGCCCACUGCAUUCUCUCCAGGAAUGGCAGCCAGCAACACCCAUAUUGCAUUCCCGUGGGAGGUUGGGGGUGGUGGGCUCAUCACCCUGAUCAACAUGGAUAAGCUGGGACGGAACAGUGGAGCUGACCGUUUGAACUUUAAGGGGCACACUGGAUCAAUUCAGGAUAUUACCUUCAACGAGUUCGACAACAGUGUCUUUGCGUCGGCAUCAGAUGACUGCUCUGUGAAAGUCUGGCGUGUGUCGGCGGAACAGGAUUCAACCGCCACGGCGAACCUGAACGGGCAUACCAAGAAGACCACCAAUGUUGUAUGGAACGGUGCCACCGAUUUCGUACUCUUGUCGGGUGGACUGGAUAACACUGUCCGCGUUUGGAACGUGCAGAGCGAAACUGAGGUUGUAAGCGUCCCUAUUGACGGCCAGUACUCCUACUGCAACUGGUCUUACGACGGAGACCUGUGCGUCGUCUCCACAAAGGAGGCGAGUGUGGCUGUGGUGGACCCUCGCGAAGGCAAGGUGUCGCACACCUUCAAAGCGCAUGAAUCUAACAAAGCAACGAGCGUAAUCUGGCUAGGAGGCAACUAUGGUAACGAUCACCUCGCCACGACGGGAUAUGUCGGCAACCAGACACGCCAGAUCCGAGUAUGGGACAGGCGCAACACUGACCAGCCGCUGGUUUCCAAGGAUAUCGAUUCGGCACCAGGGCCUCUGAUACCGCACUGGGACAGCGCCACUGGACUAUUGACAGUUGUUGGCAAGGGCGACCUCACGGUGCGCAUAUUCCAGUACCUGGAGAACGAUCUUAACCGCGCGGGAGAAAUCAAGUGCAGCGGAACCAUUAAGUCGUUCUGUUUCCUGCCUGCGACGGCGUGCGACAAGUCGAAGUGCGAGCUUGGCCGUAUGCUAUACAACAAUUCCGGCAAAGAAAUCAACCCCAUCUCGGUGGUUGUGAUGCGCAGGAACAGCGGGGCUGCCAUGGACGAGAUUUACGGGACUUUGAAACCCAGACGCCGAACAAGUGCCAUCGAUUGGCACGGUGCCUCAGGUCGUAGUGCGGGUGUCAGCGUGGAAUCCUCGUUCACCGAGGGUUCGAUCUCGGCUGCAGUGUCACCGACUUCGGCGGUCGCAUCCGAUGCACAGAGCUAUCAGCAUGCACCCUCACGAACAAUUGGUUCGAGUAGCUCGAUGUCACCAACUCCAGCUGUUCCCACCCCUCCGCAAGAGUGCGAGACGACCGCCACAGGCCGUGCUUUCGGCGAAAUCUGCACCUCUCUGGGGGUUCUAUGCCAGAAGUUUAAGCCGUCAUUCGACGACAUCGAGAUGAUAGAGGAACUUGAGACGUUCAAGGGCGAUGUGGAAUGCGUAAUUGCGAAACUGCGACAGUUGCACAACAUCCCCGAUCCCGUUCAGGAGCAGCCUAGGUUUACAUCGGUGCCAGCGAGCGAGGCCAAGGCACCUGUGUGCGUUGUGUCGCGUGACGAAGGACGCUCAGCGUCUGAAUCCUCAGGGCUGUCGGGCGUGAAAGCGGCGAUAGCCGCCAUGGAGGCUCGAGCUCAGGCAAAGGCGCAGGCACAAGCGCAAGCCAACGGGCGUGCCGGGAAGCCAUAG